AUGGAUUUUGAUUUCUUAGUAAAUUUAGAAAAUACAUCAGAUUAUUUUAAAGAAUUUGAGAAAAAAAAAUUAUUUGAUAAUGAAAAGGUGCAACAAAAUGAUCAAGAACAGGUUGAAAUAGAAGAUAAACAUUGUUAUGAAAAUGCUUCUGAUGCUAAUAAAUCGAAUGAAGUGAUAGAUAUUUUAGAUGAAAAUUUAAGCUAUAAAUGUACGAAUGUAGAUAAUAACUACAACAAUUUUUCGCCUUUAAUAACUGCAGAAAACAACUUGGUGUCACACAAUAGCACAAGUAAUACAUUUUUAACUAGUGAAUGCAGAAAUCAAAACUAUACAAUGGAUAAAUUGAUUAAUAACAUAACACAUCCUGAAAUUAACAAUAGUAACCAAAAUGAAUCAUUUAAUAAUUUUUACAUGAAUGAAUUUUGUAGUGAUACAACUAAUAUAAUAUCACAUACGAUUCACAAAGAUUUAUUACAACAGCAAGAUGUUGCGUCAAAAAAUAACAUUUCUUUACAGACAAAUGAUGGUGUUUUUGUUUUAUCAAAUAGCCAUACGCAUAGUUUUAGAACUAAUCGUAUAAAUAAAUCUAAUAAUGUUCAAAUAGGUACUCCAUUGAAUGUUAGUGAUUUAUUUACAACUAACAACCUCGAGCCCAGUACAGUUUUAAACAAUGCUUACGGAAACAGUUGCAAUGAAGAAAAUCAAGGGAAAAAAUGUAAAAGUAACACAAUAUCUGAUACUCAAAUAAGACACAAUAAUAAUAUUUUUAAAUCUAAAAAAAGAAAAAAAAUUGGGAAUACAUUUUUAAUGUAUUAUUUAACAGCCCACGAGGGUGAACUUUUUGAUAGUUAUAAAUCUGGUGAAUAUUCUUUUAGAUAUUUUUGUAAACCGAUCAUUAAAAAAAUAUUACCACAGCAUAUUAAAGGACUCGAAACAUCUAAUUUAUCUAAUGACAGAAAGUACAACUCAACAAUUGCUUUAACUAGUCUUUCAAAUUUUUUAGAUAUUAUAAGUGCAAUUUCUAUAAAAAGAAAGCAACCCACAUUGCGGGAUUUUUUAUCAUCGUUGGAUUCAGCAUGUGAGAAGUUUAACUUGUAUUAUGACGUUUUUCAACAAUUAUUAAUUUUAAAAUCAAGUUGGAGCGAUUUACAUAUGGUUGACAAAAAAUUCUUUUGUCGCGACAAUUGUAACCUUUGUGAUAUUCAAAGGUUAAUAAAUAGUAUCAAUACGAGACUUGAUUCUUUUUAUAGCAGACUUAAAAAAUUAAGAGAAAGUUUUAAAAUAGGAGAAAUUUAUAAUUUAAUUUAA